AAUUGCUGCCAUUUACCGUUUCUUUGUGUGGUAACAGCCUCCUUGACCACUUUGAAAGAAGGAAAAGGCCGUCACACGCAUCCUCAGAACUUAGACGCGUACAGGGCACAUAGUAAAUGUUAACUAAAUGAUUUUGGAAUGAAUGAAAAAAAUGAAUUCUGUCAGCCACCGAGGUUCAAAAACUUGACGUAAUCAUUGACUCCUCCGGCUGUGCCAUUCUCUGUAUCUAGGUCCCAAGUCUAAUAACGUCCAAUCUUGUGACAGGUUUCCUGUCGGUUCCUGACCAGUCCCACUGCUCAUGUGCUUAUUCAAUACCUGAAAUAUUGCCCCCCUCUCCUAGCUUAUUUUCUUGUCUCUUUCUCUACCCACAAUUUAUCUUAUAUGAUAUGGUAGAAUCUUCCUUAAAGGCCAUGUUUGUCAAACCCCAAUUCAAAAACCUUUAGCGGUUCCUUAUUAAUACUUAAAAUAUAUUUUUGCUUGGAUUUAAAGACCUCCACAAUCUGGCUAAAAUCCAUCCAUGUAGCUAUUUUCUACUUCCCACUCCCAUUCUACAAACAUGCUGAUAUCUCAGAAAUACAUCCCUUGAAUCCCAGCAGCCAGUGCUGGGCCGGAGGCUCUCGUCCCUGUCACUCUCUCUCCCUCCAUCCAGACCCCCCAAGCGCCAGGCCCAGGCCCCAGUCACAGGUCUAUUUGCACAGCCUCGCCUCAUCUCGCCAGCUCUGCUGGCUCUUGGCUUCCUCAAGGCCUGUGAGUUGCUCUGCCCUCUGCCAGAGUCGGUCUUCCCGAGGCUCUCGGCCUGGCCCGCUCUGCCCCGUCCUGUGGUUCUCAGUGUACCUGUCUGCUCCUUGGACGAGCCUUCCUCGGUCACCCAUUUUAUCUAAAGACAUUCUUCCACCGGAUACUCUCUCUCGGAAACGGCAUUCUGCUUCUUUCCUCUGGCCUGUAACGGGACCUGUGAUUAAUCUGUUGUUCACUUGUUUAUCGUGUCUUUUCUCAAUUAGACAGUAGGCUCCAUGAGGAAGGUUCCUGACUCGCUCUCUGAAAUACCCACAGCACCUAGCCCACUGUAUGGCCUAUCGUGCUUAUUUCAUAAGAAUGGUGAUGAAUAUUGUGUUAUGAAUAAAUGUUUUUACAUGAUUCGCCUUCUUUUUGAGGGGCUCUCCGUGCUCUUAACACACCGAAAGUCUGCACAACAGGCACGUACCUCUUAACACUUCUUUGGUUUUCUUUAGCAACCUCGUCUCCAUGGUUGGAAUAAAUGACACAAUAAAAUGCUCAGUGACAAUGAUAAUGUCAUACUGCUGUUGUGCCCCCCACAGUAUCUGGCGUGGUGGUUAAAUACUUCACAUAUACUUUAUUAGAAAUAAACUUGUCUUAUCCCCUUGUGCCCUGGUGUUCAUGUGUCAAAAGAUAAAAAAGGAAGCUCUCAGUUUAUGGGAUUAAAAAUACAGUAAGUAAUGGCCGCAAAGAGGAAGUCUGCCCUCAAGUUUAGUUAAGAUUUGCGACAUAGCUUGAUGGUAGCAGUAAUCAUUUCGUCAUUUCUGAAAAGUAGGAGUAGCAGCGGAAGCAAGUGAAAACUUUAGUUGCAGAUCGUGGCAUCUUCUGACCAGACUUUCUCUUAAAAGGGUGGAGUGGCCCAACGUUCUUUCGAGGUGGCUGUGGUGACAUUUCUUUGGCACGGUUGUAAGUUCCGAGCCGCUGAUGUGAAGGUUAAGAUUUUACAGAAAAGCUCUCCUCCUUCACUUCCCCAGGGUUUAUACAUCAGUCUCCUGUGAGUUGGUGGGAGUUAGUUCUGGAGCACUCAGUCACUUCGUGGUGCCCUGAUAAGAUCAAAUUUCUGGAUCUGCACAGCCGAGGACUGGCUGCUGAGCUGCAGUGACCACACCACGGAAAGUCUGUCACCGCUGACAUCACUACAGCACCCACCCGUUACUCGCCUCUCACUGUUACUGCUCCUACAUCGAGAUUACAGUUGGCCCCUUCACUGCCUCUCCUUUCCAGGCUUUCUGAGAAGUAACUUCUGUAUUCUGAAAAGAAGACAGCAUGGGAGCAAAAAAAUCCACACCUAAAUCCAGCACGGAGUUGCAGCCCCCAUCAUCAAUCACCACUGGGUGCUUGGAGAGAGUGGGGCACCUGGGGACACUUCAGCUGUAAAGAUUCUUGAGAAGUGGCCGAUACACUAACCGCCUUCAUGUUCUCUCAUAGACGUACAAAGCAUGCAAACCACACCAGCCCCAACAGUUCCCUCUGCAUCCUGCUUUUCCAACUAUCCCAUCAAAGAACGCCAUUUGGUCUUAGCCUUUGUUGCUGGGAUUCUACUGACACUGCUGCUGCUGAGUCUUAUCUUCCUUAUCAUAAGGAGCUACAGAAAACGUCACACCAGUCCCCGAGCCCUGGAUCUUCCCUCAGAUCCUCUGUCUAAGUUUCCAUCCAUCCCAGAUGAGGCACUUACCUCGGCGAGCAUGACUUCCAAAAUCUCAAAUGAAAAGAGAAAUCAUUUGACUGCAAAGCAUUCUGCAGACACUGACUCCAUUGUCUAUGCUCAAAUUAAAGUGACAGACUCACCCUGUGUUUCCAGUAAGGCUUGAAUCCAGUUCCUCUCAUCUCAGCUCUAUCUUCACACAUCACUUUCCCUUUUUACAUAUUUUGGACCACAACCUGUGUGAAACUGCAAAUGAAGUUGUUUGGGUGUGAUCUGACAAUGUUAGCCAGCAGUUUUGAAGACCAAGGACCAGUCUUUUUCCUGGCCCAGGAAAAGAUUGCUGGCCCUCCCACUUGGACCAACAGCCCGUUAGCCCCAUGAGGGCCGAGACUGCACCUCUUUGUUCCCUUCCAAAGUGUGUGGUGCAAGCUCAGUGCAUCAAGACUGUUCACUCAGUGGCGUUCAUCAACUUGGACGGAGUCAACCAAAUGCACAAUCUAGCAAGAAUUACAAAUAAAAGCAAACCCUCUGUAAUCUUGGCUCCUUCAUCAUUUGUCUGUCCCUGUCACCUCCUGAUAUCAGGGCCAAAGUUCCAGAGCUCAUCCACAGCCAGAAAAGACUAACGGAGGUGAUGGUACUCAAGUUCAGGAUCGAUGCAGGCGCAGGUCUCAACCGCUGCCACUAACCAGCUACAUUCAUUUGGGCAAGUUCACUAAACUUUUAAAACUUCAAUUGCUUCAUCUUGAAAAUAGAACUAAGAACGCUUACCUCUUAUUGUGAGAAUAAAUGAGAUAACAUAUACCGAAGCCUUCUGCAUAUCUCAAAGUUUUACACAAAUACAAGGUCCCUGUGGUGGAAAGCGUUCACCAGAUGUGGGUGCCCACCUCCUUGCAAUAGCGUGACGUGCGUAACAUUAUAUGGAAACUAACAAGUAAUCUAAGCAAUCUCUCCCCACCCCCAAAUCCCAAUGUAGAAUUCCAUACAUGACCCCAGUAAAAAAUACCAACAAGAUUAUUUUUCACUCAGCAAGAUUAUGCUAAAGUUCCUAUGUUAACAACAAGCAAAAAAAGAAAAUCCAGGAAAAUUCAUAAAAAUGAGCAAAUUAAUAAAAGUAAAAUGGGAAGGCUAGCCCUAACGUUAACUAAAAGUACUGUUUUAUUAAGCAUCACUAGUUAAAACAAUAUGUUAAUAGUUCAUGAAUAAGAAAAUCAGUGGAAUAGAAUAAAAAGACCAGAAAUAGACCACAAUACAUAAGGAAAUUUAGAGUAUGAGGAAGACGGCAUAUCAGAUUACUUGGGGGCGGUAAAUGGUUUAUUCAAUAAAUGGUGUUGAGACGUAGCCAUGUAGAUGAAAAUAAAAUUGGAUCCAUAUCUCACUCUUUGUAUCAAAAUAAAUUCCAGAUAUAUCAAAAAUUUAACUCUAAAAAAUCAUGAAAGUACUAGAAGAAAAAAUAGGAGAGUUUAAAAAAUAAUCUCAGCAUGGAGCAUGCUUUUGAAUGCAUGACACAAAGCCCAGAAACCAGAAAAAUUGACUGACUUGACUUAAGAAAUACCAUUCAAAAGACAAAUGACAAGCUUGGGAAAUAUUUGCAAAGCAUCUCAUAGACAAAGGGCUGAUUUUUUUUAGUAUAUUAAGAGCUCCUCAACAACUCAAUAGAACAAUCAAGAACACAAUUUUUAAAAAGUACAAAGAGUAAGGUUGGGAAAUUCACAGAAAAGAAAAUCAAAAUGGCUUUUACACAUAUGAAGAGAUACUCAACUAAUUAUUUCAUCAUGAGAGACAUAGUGAUUAGAACUAUAAUGAGAUAAUGCUUUCCAUCAAUAAGAUUAGCAAACUUCAUAAGGUUUGCUAAUAAACUGGGCAAAAUUGUGGGGAACCAAGACACACAUAUAACUACUGGUAGGAGAGAGUAAGUUGGCACAACUACCGUGGAAGGCGAUUUGGCAAUAGCUAACGUUUUAAAUUCUCUUUGUAAGAAUUUAUCCUGCUUAAGCAUGUGGAUGGUCACCUAUGAGUGGGGUUCAUAACAGGCAACCCCCCCCCGCCAAGAUGUGCCACUUUGGCAUGUGGAUUAUUUUGAACUGAAGGCAAUCCAGACCCUGUGUCAACAGAAACUUUUACCUCUCUUAAUUUAAAUUGGGGGCCUUGCCCGUAAUAAAACUUAUCACCAGAAAUAACUGUUUUUUUAAUGACCUAAGAAACGGCAAGGCAAACAUUUAAUUUUUGAUCAUGGAGGCACAGAGAGGUUAAGUAACUUGCCAGAGUUCACACUGCUAGUAAGUCAUGGCACCAGGACUCAGGCCAGGUAGGCUGGCCCAGAGUUUACACAUUUAUCCAUUAUGCUCAACUCUCUGAAACAGUGAAAGAUCGGGGAAACCCUCAUUGUCUAUUGAGAAGGCACGGCUGAUGGAGUGCAAUGUAGC